GCUUUUCCGAGGACUCGAGGGAGAAAGUGGCAAAUUUGAAUGCGUAGCGGCGCUCGAGGAAAAUAAAGUGAAAAAUAAUUUGGAGCGUUGCUGGAUUCUUCGUGGGAAAGGAGUGUGAAAUCUGGUGACAUGAGCUGGGUUGUGGAAGAGUGGAAAGAGGGUCUUUCCACCAGAGUUCUUCAGAAAAUUCAUGAUCUUGAAAGUCAAGUUGAUAAAUUUAAAAAGGAACGUCAGCAAAGGCAAUUUCAGCUGGAAUCUCUGGAGGCAGCUUUGGAAAAAGAGAAGCAGAAGGUCGGUAAGGAAAAAAAUGAAGGUGCAAUCUUGAAGAGAGAAAAUCAGAAUUUGAUGGAACUUUGUGAUAACCUAGAGAAAAACAGGCAGAAACUUUUUCAUGAACUUCAGAUGAAAGAAUCACAAAUUAACUUUCAAGAAGGACAGCUCAUUUCGUGCAAGAAACAGGUUGAAAGUCUGGAGCAAGACCUUAAAAGAUACAAAUCUGAACUGGAAAAACAACCAAAGACCUUUGGCAGUGGAGAUACAUCUUUUGAAAACACAUCACAGAGAAGCGACACUGGUUCUCCAGCAUCAAUCUACAAUGAUUCAAAAAUCCAAGAGUGUCAAAGAAAAUCCUGCCAUGAAAUUGAAGAAAGAAAACACCUGGAGGAAGAACCAAAGAGCAUGGCAAGUCAAACGAAAACUAAUGCCUUGCAUUCAGAAGGUAAUAUAACUCGCAGAGAAAUUGCUCGGCACCAAGCUUCCUCAUCUGUAUUCUCAUGGCAACAAGAACAAACUCCAAGUUACCCUUUGUCCAGCCAUCGAGAAACUUCUCGUAGCAGUGGGUCAACCAAAUCAAAAUUUCCUUUGGAAUCUGCAGGAACUCCUAGUCCUAAUAUUAUAAAAUUAACCAAGAAAGAUUUCAUCAAUUGCAAGGUUGCCAACAGCAACCAGGAUUCUUCAAUCACUGAGGAACUGAAAACUCAGAACAAAGAGCUAAGAUGCAGAAUUCAGGAACUAGAAAAUAAAUUACAAAUUCAGACACAAGACAUGAAAGCCAAGGUAAUGAAGCUUCAGGAUACUCAGCUGCAAGUGGAAAAGAUGCAGAUGGAAUUAACUGAAAAAGAGAAAACUCUGAACAAGGCUAGAAAUGAAAUAAUUAAAAUUAGUGUACAACUGGAUCAAACGACUGAUCAGCUUACAGCAAAGGAGAAAAAGUUCAGAGGACUCUCAAAUGAGCUAAACUGUCAGAAGCAAAAUUUUGAAAGUGUGCAGUGUGUUUUACAACAGAAGAUUAAGGACAAGGACCAAGAGAUUUACACAACAAAACAACAAUUUGAAAAAAAUGCCAGGGACUGUGCACAGAAAUUAAGUCAACUUGAACAGGCUACACAAAUGAUGCAGUUGAAGGAAAAAGAAUUGAAAGAAAAUUAUGAGGAAAUUAAGAAGCAAAAUAGCUUUCUCAGCUGCCAGGCUGCUGAACAACAGCAAGAAAUUUCUCAACUGAAAGAAGAACUCUGUAGCACUAAACUAUCCCUACAACAGAGUCAGCAUUUUGCUGAAGACCUGAAAAAUAAAAAUUGCUCACUGGAAAAAGAAUUAAAAUUGCUUGAAGAAAAACUGAACAAGCAAGAUAAUUCUGUCAGUUUAGAAAAAAUGAGACUUGCUGUUUCUAAUGUUGAACAUGAACGAGAUUCUCUCCAGCAAAUUCUGAAGGACAAAGAAAAUGUAAUUGAAGAGCUCAAUAAGAAACUGGAAAACACGGAAACUCUGCAGAAAACUACUUUAGAAUGCGAAGACCUUAAGAAAGAGAUUAUGAUUCUUUCUCAGUGGAAAGAAAAAAACAAACAACUCUUGAAUGAACUAGAUUUAGAAAAAGAAGAUUUAAUGAGCAAAAUACACAGUUUGGAAAGUGCUUUAAACGCUGAGCAGCUUAAACAUCAGGUAAAGGAAAUUGCUCUCAAAGAUGAACAUGAACAAUUUAGUAAACAGCUAAACAUUUUUGAGCAGGUGGUAAAAGAAAAAACAACUGAACUAGAGGCCCAAAGAAAAGCCUAUAGUGACCUCCAACAAAAAACAGCAAUGUCUGAGGAAAAACUACAGAAAGAGAGAGAAAAAAAUUCACUGAAAUUAUCUGAGUUCACCAGAGAAGUAGACACCUUGCAGAAAAGACUCAACUCUGAAGCAAAUGAAGUCUUAAAAAGGGGGGAAUGUAUUGUCUCCCUUGAAGCAUCCUUAGCUUCUUACACGCAAGUAAAUGCAUUCCUUCAGAAACAGGUUGAAGAACUGGUCCAAACCAGACAUGAAAUGGAAAGAUUUGCUGAAAGAGAAGACCCAAAGCAACAAAUCCUCAUUCAGGAAAUGGAGCAGCAGAUCAGUGAAUUACAACAAAUGGUUUUCCAAAAGGAAGGCCUGCUUUCCGAAGCAUUAGAAGCUCUUGAAGGAAAAAAAAACAAUCUACAAAAGUUGAUUACGGAAUCAAAUAGGCAACAAACAGAGAUUCUGGAUUUAAAAGAGAGUAAUGUGCUGCUUAAGGAUUUGGUCCAGCAACUAAAAGUUAUGGGCUCAAAGGAGCCAAAUGUACCUACCAAAAUAUCCUUAGAACAAGAUGAAACCGAAGGACUUCAGAAUGACAGUUCCAUGCUUGAGAAUACUAUCAAUAUUUUGGAAGAAAAAAACUUAAACACGGAGCAAGAAACUUCCAAAAGUUUCAAAGAAAAGAAGGAAAGCCUUUUGAAGUUGUCACGAGAAAAGCAAGAGGAGAGCUUGUUGCUGCCAGAAGCUGAUGAUGAAGUAGAAAGGAAAAGUACAAAGGAAGAUUAUUUAGAAAGUGUUAUAAGGAAUCAGACUUGCAAUUUGAAGGUACAAAAAGCCAUAUUUGGUACACAAGAGAAACAGCCUAUGAACAAAUGUGAGCAAUUGCAGCAUAAGCCAAUUUCCUUGGAGAAGAAAAAGAAUACUUUACUUUGGCAACUUGAAAAAAGACAGUCAGUAUCUGAAGAAACUAAUAGUUUAAUACGGGAGGAAACAGGAGAAAAUAACAGGCACUCUUCUGUAAAUAUCUUGCUGCAAACACUGGUCUCAGAAAUGAAAAUAAGUGAACAUGCAGCACUUGACUUUGUUUUAAAUGAACCAGCGUUGGAACAGCUGAGGGUAUUUGUAGAAGAAAGAGAGAAUGAACUUAAGAAGUAUCAAGUGAAGCUUCAACUGCUUCAAAUGGACCUUGAGGACAGAGAUAUUUUUCUAGAAAAUUAUACUGAUCAGAUAAAGGACUUAAAGAUGAUAUUGAGAACUAUGGAGAUAAAAAUGGAAGAAAGUGAAAUGGAAAAAGAGAAGUUGUUGCAUAAAUUACAAGCACUUAAAGAUUUGCAAAAUUCAGCCUUAAAGAUGACAGAGAGAAGUGAAGAUGACGAAUCACCAAUGUGUUUCAGUGCUGUUAUCAAGGACAAUUUUAACCUACAGAAAGAUGCCAAGUGUUCAUCAGUUCCUCAUGAUCUGAUGCCCAGCCAAAAUGAUUAUCUCCAAUUAGUAUCCUCCCUACACAUGACAAUGAGCAAGCUAAAUGAGUUGGAGAAAAUGUGUGAACACCUGCAGAAAGAAGACUCAACAUUAGCAUCACAGCUGAAAGACUCACAGUUGGAAUGCAUCAUAAACACAGAUAUUAUGAGAAAAGAAUUAAUAGAAAAAAUGGAUAGGCUGACAGUAGAGACCAUUUCUGUUUCUGAUAAAUUAAGAGAGAAGGCUAAAAUGGAAUCUGAUAUGAAGGAAAUUCUCUUAAUUACUCCAGAAGGUUAUGAGGAAUUUGAUUACAAAUAUUUGAAAUUAAUUAACAAAGAAAUCAAAACACAGUUGAAUGAAAUCAAAGAAAAGAUCUUUUCUUUGAAAAACAAAUAUGAAAUUUUAGACAUUCAAAACCUGAAUGUGGCCUUUGAAUUGUUAGAGUUGGAAUCCUACAAUGAGAUGCUUAAAGAUAAAAAUAUUGCAUUGCCAAUAAAUCUCAGCAAAGCCAAGCUGGUUUCUUUUCCAGCCCAGAUGACAGUCAAUAAAGAAUUUAAAGCAUAUGGACAUUUUUGUAUGGAGACUCUGUAUGAUAGUGAAGUCUUCCCCUGUGCAAAACGAAUGUUUAUGGAGUCUGAUUUGGACAACGGUGUGUCAUCAACUGAAAUGGGACAACCACAUCAAAACAGACAAACUGAUUUGGAAGGUACUCCUGAACAGUUUAAUAUUGCUGAUGAGUUAUAUAGCAAUGAUGCCUGGACCUUCCCCACUAAACUGAUGACUAUCUCCAAAUAUUUGCAGUGUGAAUAUUGUGAAAGCUCCUUUAAGAUGCUUAAGGAAUCAUUUAGAUCUCAUAAGAUUCUAGAAAAUAAGGAAAUAGAAAAGAUUCAAGAGCUGCUCCUUUCUGCAAAGAAGGAAGUAGAUGGUCUACAAAAACGCAGCGUAUCUGACAAUGAGUCCUGGCGACAAAAAGUUCAUAAAGUGAUCCUGCAAGUGGCACCUGAACUUCCAGCUGAGAAGAAACUUCCUGAGCUGUUCCCUCAGAAACAAGGAGAGCUACAAAACCUUGAUUUAAGUUCUCAUCCAGUAAUUUGUGCUGAUGCUGGCCAACCAAUUUCUGCUAAUUCACCAACCUUAUGCUAUUUGAAAAUGGAUAGCUUUCUUGGGGAAAGCCUGGAACUUAAAGCUGUAAAUGAUCAAGCAGUAAAAACUUAUGAAGCAAACAGAAGACAAAAAAGUUCUGCAUAUGUAGCAGAUAUAACAUCUAGAGAAAAAUACUUUCCACAUCUCAAAGCAAAUUACCGAUUCAUAAAUUCUUCAAGAUGUCCUCUUGAGUCAUCAUGUUUUCCUUCAAAUCUCAGUGCACAGACAAGGUUGGUAAAUUCCAUGGAAAACCAGAAGGCCAUUGAAAUGCAUUGGUUAUCAAUGAAGAAAGCUGAUGAUGAUAACAAUUUUAAGCUUUCCCAUGAGGAAAGCAAUUAUAAAACAAUUAACAUGGCAAUUCAGUAUCUGCAUUCAGAUUUGAAUUCAAAGAAUACAGAAUUGACUGAAAAGGAGGUAGCUUGUGGAGCUGUGGUUCUUGAACAAGAAAAGGAAGACUUGAGUGAGGUGCUCCAAAUUGUAAGUUUUGAUACACCACAAUUAUAUUUUAAUCUUAUGAUUCUUGAGCUAGAACUUAAAGUAAAAUCUGAACAAGAAAUGUACAAAAGCAGAUUGCCUGAUACAACCCAUACUUUAAAAGAAUUGCAAAUGAUCAAAGCAGACAAUAAUGAGAAGCUUUUUGAAGCUGAAACUAAACUGAGCAGGGUAAAAUCUGAGAAAAUAAAUUGCGAAGCUUAUACCUUGUCCAUGGAGACAGAUACUGAAAGGCUUCUAUCAAAAAGCAAGCGGUUGGAGCAAGAAAAACGAAUCAACAUAAAAAAUAUUUUUGGCCGGAGACGACUUCCGGAGCAGCUAAAGAUUAUCACUGCAGAGAGAAACCAAUCUAGUCAGGAUCUGACUACUUUGUUAAGGUAUAAAGAAGCAUUGGAUAAGGUGUGCAACAAAAUGCAGAAUAUAAAAGAGCUUGAUUCAAAUCAAAUGGAUUCUAUUGAAUUUAUCAAACUAUUGGAGGCUGAAGAUAAAACCCAAGCAAAUUUGCUUCCAGCUGUUAAGGCUGCAGAGGAUCAAUUAUCAAUUAAAAAUGUUUGCUCUAUGGUGCAGUUCCAGAAUCUGGACAGAGUUAUGAGGGAUCUCAUAUUGGAAAAAGAGGCAGCAGAAAUUCAAAUCCAAUAUCUGACUGAGGCAAGAGAAGUGAGCCUUAAAAAAUAUGAAAUCUUACAUAGCAAGCUAAACAUAUCUGAAGCCAAAAAUGCCACGAUAUCCAAGUCCUUGGAAGGUUUACUAGCAGAAAAAGGUGAACUUGCAGCACGGCUAAAUUCUGCACAGGAAGAAGCAGAUCAUUUGCGACAGGGCAUUGAGAAACUGAAAAUAAAAAUAGAAUCUGAUGAAAGGAGCCGGCAUCAUCUGGCUGAAAAGUUGAAAGAAAGCAAUAGAAAAGCUGACACUCUCACAGACAAAAUUGAGUAUCUGGAAAGAGAAUUAUAUAUGUCAGAGGAGAAUUUGGAAGACGCAAUUCUUAGAAUGGAGACAGCUAAAGCAGAGACUGAAAUAAUGAAGGCUGAGAUAGAAAGAAUGUGUCUGUGUCAACAAGAUUUAGAAGGUGAAGCCAAAGUCUUUAGAUCAGAGAAAGAGGCUCUAGAGAAAAACUUGAAAGAAAAACAAGACAAAGUAACUAGUUUAGAAGUUACUAAUUUUACAUUAGUAAAUCAACUGAAAGAGAAUGAAAAAGAGAAGGUUCAAAUUAGAGAUGAAUGUGAAAAUGCACUAAAAUUAAUGGAAUCACAGCUAAAAAAGUUCUGCGAAAAAAAUAAACUCCUUUAUAGUGAAAAAGAAACUUUCAAGUCAAAAGAACAGGGUCUUGUUUGUGAAAUUACUUCCCUCAAACAUGACAAUAUGCAGUUGGUUAGUUAUCUGGAAGAAGCACAGUCCAGUAGCUCUAAAGUACAUCAGUCAAUGGGAGCUUUCAUCCAGGAGUUACAAAGCUUCAAGCAAACACUGAAUGAAAAUGUUUCUGUUUUUGAGCCGUUAGUCAAAAAUGAAUCUUUGCAAACUAUCCAAGAUGACCUACAGAUGUCUUUCAAACAUAUCAAAGCAAAUCUGGAAGUCACACCAUGUGAAGAAAACAUCUUUGAAAAGACAAACAGCCUAAAUCAAAUGCUUCAGCUCCAAGAAGAGUAUGAUUCUUUCUGUCAUUCAGUUCAAUUGUGUUUGGACGCCUAUAAAAUGCUAAAGCAGGAAAAAGCAGUAAUGGAGAAGCAAAUUCAUGAACUUGAAACUCAGACGAAGAGGAUAGCUCCACAUUUUCAGGGGGAUGUUGGUGCAGAAGAAAUCAGGUUGGAGCUAGAAGAAUUGAAAGGAUCAGUUGGGGAGAAAACCAAAGAGGCAAAUCACAACUUGGAAAAAUAUUGUGUACUGGUAAUCAAGCAUGAUAAAUUAGAAGAAGAAAAUGAGAUGCUAAGGACACAGGUCUCCCUUUUAAACACUCACCUCAAGCAGUUAUUAAAUGACACCAGUUCCUCUCUCCAAAGUUCUCAAAACCCAGUGGAAAUUAAAAGGCUUCUUGCAGAAAGAGCAGAUGUGCCUAAGAUCAUUAAGAAGGGAGAAAGGUGUGAAGAAAACAGAAUCAAUGAAUACAGCCGUCCUUGCAUUUCUCCUCAAGCAUCCUUACAGCCAAGAAUGGAUCCCUGUCUUUUCACUCCUAGCUGGAAAUCACCAACAUCUAUUGAUAACUCACAAAUAACAGAGAAGAUGAAGACAGAGAAUCUUAAAGCAACAGCAGAGGGCAGCAGACUACAAAAGAUGAACCAUGAUCAAGUUGAUAGUUCGGGUGAGGGUUUUGUUCCCAGAUCCCCCCUUUCCAUCUCUAACCUGUCAUGUCAAGUGGUUGCUGAACAAUCUACCAACCAUCUUGAUAUAAGAUACUUUCCAAGUACAAAAGAAAAUGAUUUGGACAAAUCCUGCCAUGUACAAUGAAUCAGGACUGGGUUGGUUUUAGACUUGAAAGAAUGAUUCAGAAUGAAAUGCUAAUAAUUGUCGUCAUAAGCUUAAGUCCUAUGCAAUGGGAGAAUCCUAUUUAUGACUGAUGUCUCAUUAUGUUUUUUACAUCGUGGUAACCAAACUCACAGGGUUAUGGUAAAAACUGAAGGCAGGAGCAUUAUGUCACCUUGAGUUGACCAAAAAUACAAAGUGGGAUUAAAAACCCUAAUAAAUUAUCAAACCUGUUUAAACAGACUCACUUAAAAACUGGUUUAAAACAAAUAAUAAUAGCUUGCUGCUUAUAGUGCCCUAAUAAAUGUCAUCCCACUACUCCCCACCAGGCAAAUAACCUUUAAAACCAAGCAGUUCUCACUCUCCAAGUCUAUGUAGUAAAUAAUAUUUGAAACAGAAGUUUAUGUAUCUUUUUAUUAUCAUCUAAAGUGGACAUGUCUGAAAAACCAAGUUGAGACAGACCAGAAUCCAAAUGGAAGUACAAGUCCAUACCAGUAUGAUAACACAUCACCAUCAGUCAAAGCAGUAUUCAAAUGUAGGCAUUUAAGAAAAAUAAUCACAAAUCCUUAUCCCUGUGAGAAAGAAAGUUGCAAACACCUGUUUUGAAUCUUAACCCGUCCCAGAUGAGCCAGUUAGAAACAUGGCAAUAACCAAGCUGUGAUAUACUGUAUCCAGUUCAGCAUAUUGCCACAUGGGGUUGCCAUAUUACAGACCCCACAUCAAAUAAAAAUCUUAUCUUUAAUUGCUCUAAAUGUAAAGCUUGGUUAUUUGGAUUAAUUUAAAGUGAUUCUAGAUCUGGGAUGGAGAAACCCAGAUGAUGAUUAACUGGAAACAGCUAAACCUGAUUCCUGGUUGCCAUCUGAUAUCUGGAUGUUUGCUGCUAAGUAGUCCUAUCUUUGCAGAUAUUAUUGAAUUAGUACAUUUCCUAGCAGAAGUCAUUAGAAAAUAUAUUAAAUUGCUUCAGUGAGCAAAAUGCUAGGAAUCACCAGGGGAAUUUUUUUUUAAAUCCAAGUAUAAUCCAAGUAAGGGUCAGCUUCUCCCCCAUCCCACCCCACCCCGCCUUCCAAGAAAGUACAAAGUCUUGAGAAUUUUUAUUUUUCAAAAGGAAUCUUUUAUUGAAAGGGAAGAAAGCAAGUCAAAACUCAAAGCAGGCUCUGGGGUCCCUCAGGGCAUGAAGUUCAGGAUAAAGGAAAUUAGGAACCCCUGCCCACCUUCUGAUGUGGAUUCCAGCCAAUCCGCAGGUGUGACUACGAAUUGCAUCAGCCUCUCUGAGAAGCAGAUACGAAGAGUUUCUCAGGGUCAUUUUACAAUCCACUCGUUUCCCCCCUUUUUCUGAGGUGUGAGAUUUCUUCAGGGAUUCCUGGCGCCAGGCAAUGGUUAUAAAUCAGAGUAAAUUCUAUACGAAGAGGAUCAGGCAAGAAAUUGGAAAAGAACUAAAUGUGACACUCCAAAUCCCGCCCCCCUUCUUCCACAAAGAAUGGCAGAUACACAGAUCUGACAUAUAACUUCUGAAGCUUAUUUCUGGCUUGUCAGCAACAAGAUGCUGAGAAUUCAGAUACACAGUUUGCUUUACCUUGCAAUACAAUUGCUUUCAGUGGCUGAAACUCCAGUGGAGUUUCUACCUGGAUCAACAAAAUUUAACAAAUUUUCUGUCAGUAAUUAUACUGACAAGUAUUUUAAAUGUGCAGAUUAGUUAAACUAGUGCAGAUUAGUUAGCUUUUAUGAGUGCUUCAGUCAUCUCACAAGUUGCUUAAUUAUAUCUUACAAAUUAAUAAUUUAGUUUUACACAUUGCUGAAUAUUUUGCUUUCAGUUAUGCAUAGAUUUCUGCAUAAAGGAAGUAAAAUACUAUAAAUAAGGGAAAUGUCACAAGAGUGACAUCUUCUGGCAGAUUUUAUAAAUCACAGAUCAGAUGAUAUUUGAACAAGGAGAAGCAAGAAACUUGUAGGAAACUUCAGAAUUGUUUGUUGUGCUGUUCUUAUAAUGUUUAUGCAAGACGUUACAAAUCUUUUAACUCUUGACCAAUUCUAUCAUCUUAACCAUCCUCUCUAAACUUUCUGAAACUUCUGUCAUGUGUAUUGAAUUUUUUAUAAGAAUUUAACCUAGUGUAGAGGUGUCAAACUCAAUUUCAUUGAGAGUUGCAACAGGGUUGUGUUUUACCUGGGGAGGUGGGGCGGGGGGCAUUUGCUUUUAGUCUGUUUUGCUAGCCUUCUGCCAGCGCAAACAGAACUCUGGGGGGGACCAUGUGCUGCCCCCCCGGGCUCCAUUUUCAGCCACAACAGCCUCCUGCAGCCCUCUACUAGCAAAAACAGAGCAUGUGCCCCCCCCCAGCUCCAUUUUCGCUGGCAGAGAGCUGUAGGAGGUUGUUGCGGCUGAGAGCCUGGGAAGGCCGCAUCUGGCCCUCCCGAGCUCCAUUUUCGCUGCAGAGGUACCACAGGCUGGUCCUUUGCUGUUUCCAGGGCAGCCCCAUGGGCCGGAUCCAGCCUGCAGGCCUUCAGUUUGACACCGCUACCCUAGUGCAAGUAUAUACUCAUAAAUGUACCUAUAUUUGAAUGUUGGGACAAAUUAAUAACCUGGAAUAUGGAAUUAUAUAUAUUCUAUAAAAUCUCAAAAAGAAAUUCUUCCACUUUUAUGCACUUUCAAAAUCUAUGGCAAGGGUGGUGCUCCACAAGCACAAACGUGCCUCUUGAUUGGAGGCUAUUUAAAGAAUACGAAAAGUAGAAUAAGAUUAAAUUUGGCCAGACCCGAGACAUCUGUAAAAAUGUUCAUUUUAUAACAGGGAGACAAACCUGAUUAUGUUACGGUACCAAACUUAAGUUUUUCUUAACCUAUGUUAAAUGUUUAUAAUUGUAAAAUGUAUUACUGUUUAUGCUGCACUGGCAUUGUUUCUGGCGUUUGUGUAUGAUGCUUAAUAUCUUUCUAGACUGAACAAGU